GGUGGUCUUAAAAUCCAAUUUUGCCACGGAAUGUUUCUCUUGAGGCGAGGUAUGAUAACUCAAAGUUCACGUUUUAGUAUCGGGCAUCGUUCCCAAGACAAAGACUCAUCUGUACAAGCUUUAAAGUAUUCCACUUUACCUCUUUCGCCAACAGCUGGAAGUAAACGCAAUACAAAGCAAUCCAGUGUUCAUGAGUUUGAGACACUUGAUAAAAGCUUUGGAAAAUACGUCUUUAUUCCGCAGAAGGAUGAUACAGUAAAGCAGAGAUUUCGACUAAGAUACAGUCCCUGUUCAGAUUCGUACCACAGAGAACUGGACGAUUAUGUUUUCACGAGGGCUGGUGGGAAUGUAAGCGGCUGGAAGAAAGCGGUUUAUUCAUUUGAAUUUGUCGAGAGAAUUGUGGAUACCAAAAAUAACUUGGUAUACUUGGAACGUACACCUGGAAGUAAUACAGGAAUAUUGACAUGGAAAAUAGAUUUUGCGCCAUGUGGUUUGGUAGUAGAUCAGGUUUCUAUUAAAGUUGAAAGUCGUUGUAUGAAUGGGGGAGAUGUUCUUGUUAUGCUGGCAAGUGGUGAAACAAAGAAAACAAUAUCUCAUAUGGAAGGUCUUGGGCUAGUCGAUGUAAAAGAGUUCCAAAAUGCGACUAAUUUAGUGUUAUAUAUCCAUUUAAUUGGAGAAACGUCGGAGCAACAAACAAGACUCUUUGAGAAGAACAUCUUAAGUAAAGAUGUGUUUCCAUUAGAUCUUAAAGUAACACUAAAGCCACCUACUGAAAUGUACAAUAAACCGACCAUUUUACUUGGUCUAAUGUUCAGUAAUAGUCAAGAGACUACCGUUGAUCGCCGCCAUUAUCGUAGUCAUUCAAACAGCGCUGGUAGAGGAUUUCUUCAUAUCAACAUUGUUCAAGGAGAGAGUAUCACACGUACUAAAGACGGUCUUCCUGAUCCGCAAGUUAAAUGCUAUCUUUUACCUGAUGAGAAGAACCUAAAGAGUUGUAAAACCAAACGCGCUCAGAAAUCGUCAUCUCCAAUAUGGGACGAAUACUUUGUCAUUGACGGUAUUGCGCAAUCGCAACUUCGUAGACAACAGUUGGGCAUCCGCGUGGUUAACUGGCACCUGGGUAUAAACAAGAAAAAAGCCUUAUUAGGAGAGCUACGAGUUGGAUGUAGAAAUGUGUUUGAUUUCUUCUCUUUGGCAAGUCCUAUAAUUACUUCUCCAUCUGAUUCUUCAAAAGAUCGAUUGGUAAAUGAACGCUUUGUAUAUUCUCCGUUGGUGCGGGGUGAUGGGGCAAAAAAUGAAAGGCCGUUAUCAGCCAUUGGGACAGACGAAAAAGACAUGCAAUCUCCUGAUCAAAGCAAUAAAUCAAACAGAGUAAGAUCAGGCCAAAAUUCGGAUGAUGAUGUGUGGUCAGAUUCCGAGACGUGUGAUCCAAUUGUUCGAAACUUAAAGAAGUUCAACGCUACAUCAAGCUAUAAUAGAAAUGAUACGUCAAAUCCCAUUAAAAUAAAUGUUGGUAAGUUUGAUCAGGAAACAAAUAAUUCUAUCGUGAAUGAAGCAAAUAACAAUACCGACCACAUUAAUGACGAAGAAAUCCCUUUCAAAGAAUCGAAAAUCAAACCACCUCGUCCUCCUCCUCCGAGUCGCUUACACUUGACUGACAGCCAAAUUUCUCCAGAUGGAAACCUUUCACCCAAUCUUAACCAAAGUAACCCGCAUACACCCGAUGCUAAUCGUAAGGUGUUUACCCCUACAUUUUCUCGUCUUAUGGCAAAUUUACCGUUAUCACCGAAACGUGGUCGGAGGCUAAGCUGGGGAGGCGAGAGCGAUUUAAGUAUUGAGAGUCCACGAGGUAUGAAGUCACCUGCUGACCAACAAAGUUUGCAAACCAAUCAGUGGGACAUGAUGAUCAGCAGACCAAAACAGUGGAUAUACUGUUGGCAAACACUCAUUGUAAGCGUUUCCGAAUGACAUUCUUCGACGAGUGUUUAAGCAACUUGAUGUGAUUGCAGAAAUUUAAAUUCUGCAGACUCUACAAAAUUUAAAUUCUAUAGAUGCCUCUUUUUGGGUGUUUUUUCAACAACAAUAUCUACGUAUUGUCGUAUGCAGAAACACGUGCACACAAUAAACAUCCUAUCAAUUUGUUAAUAUUGCCAUCUA